AUGGCUGCUGGGGGCACCUAUAUCGCUUAUAAGGUCGAACAGGCGCAACAAUAUACCUCUGAUCGGUUCAGUGCAAUCAAGGAUUUUACCAGUGAGUUGUUCGACAAAACUGGGGACGUAUUCAAAGGUCUUGGUGGUGAUAAGAGUAAUUCAGGAGAUGGAAGUGGCGGAGGAGGUGGUAGUGGCGGCUCGGAAGAUGCUGCUGCUUUAGGUGCCACCGCAGCUGCGGUAGGACUAUCGUCAGAUGAAGAGAGUGAUUCGAUUGUUGGGGAUGACGAAGACACAGAGGAAGACGAAGAAACGUUAAUCGAUCAGGAUGACGACGAGCCUCCUGAUCUCGAGAAUGACGAGACAACCGAUGAUAUGCUCAACUUAACAAGGCAAAUGAUUGAGAUAAGAAAUAUUCUCAGCGCUGUUGAUCCACAGUCUGAGACUUUGAAACUUCCGCUGAUUGUUGUCAUCGGGUCUCAAUCGAGCGGCAAGUCGUCUGUGUUAGAAGCCAUCGUCGGCCAGGAGUUCUUGCCAAAGGGGAGCAACAUGGUCACCAGACGCCCUAUUGAGCUCACACUCGUUAACUCCCCGGACUCAGCCAGCGAAGUUGCCGAGUUUCCCGCGUUGAAAAUGUUUAAUUUGACUGAUUUUACGCAAGUACAGAAAACACUUUUCGACUUGAACAUGGCAGUCCCAGCUUCCGAAUGCAUCUCUAACGAUCCAAUUCAGAUCACUGUCAGAUCUCCUAGGGUUCCUGAUUUGUCCUUAGUGGACUUACCCGGAUACAUUCAGGUUGAGGCCGCUGAUCAGCCUACUGAGCUUAAGCAAAAGAUUCGUUCGCUUUGCAAUCGCUAUCUAGAGGCACCUAAUAUUAUUUUGGCAAUCUCAGCCGCUGAUGUUGAUUUGGCGAACUCUUCUGCAUUGAGAGCCGCAAAGUUAGCGGACCCGUUAGGAGAGCGUACACUUGGUGUAAUCACCAAGCUAGAUUUGGUUGAACCAGAAAAAGCUCGCGCCAUUUUACUCAACAGGAAAUAUCCAUUAAAGAUGGGUUACGUCGGUGUGAUAACCAGGGCACCAGAUAGCGGGAAGUCUUCAGGAGGUGGGUUGUUCGGAAGAAAAAGGAUAACAGGCUAUCAAGCAUACGUCGCUCAGCAGAAUUUCGAAUACCAAUUUUUGAAGGACAAUAAGGAAGCCUUCAUCGGAACCAUUACUGGUUCAAGAAACCUCAAGAAGAAACUCAUGAAAGUAUUGGAGAAGUCGAUGUCAGCGUCUUUGAGACCAACGCAUCUCGCGAUCCAGCAAGAACUUGAGGAAACCGCCUAUCAAUUCAAAGUUGAGUUUAAUGAUCGGUCUCUCACUCCCCAGAUGUACUUGGCUAACAAUAUAGACUUGUUGAAGGUUGCCAUCAAGGAGUUGAGUCAGAAAUUCUCGAGAAACGAGUUGAAGGCUCUCCUUAAGAAUGAAUUAGAUCAAAAAGUUUUGGACUUGCUUGCGGAAAGGUACUGGAACAAGCCGUUUGAUCUUAAAGGUGAUGUAUAUGCAUCAACUGAGCCAGACUUGCGUGAACUUUCACAGCUUUCGAGUGUUGAGGAGGAAAGUUACUGGCACAAAAAAUUAGACCUAGCCACUAGCUCUCUCACAAAGCUCGGGGUUGGAAGGCUUUCUACUUCGAUGUUAGCAGAGGCCAUUGUCACAGAGAUCAACAACAUUGUUGACAAAACUCAAUUGGCUAACCAUCCAAUGGCAAAGAAAGCAGUGGAGGAUGCUGCAAAGUCCGUUCUAAAAUCGAAGUAUUACUCAACUGCCGAUCAAGUGGAGAAUUGCAUUAAACCAUACAAGUAUGAGGUUGAAAUUGAAGAUCGUGAGUGGAAUGCAAGCAGAGAUUCUGCGGUGAAUCUCAUCAAAGAGGAGCUUAGACAGUGUGAAAAUGUUUACAGUGCCCUCAAAAAGCUGGUCGGGGGUCGCAAGUUGCAGCAAAUUGUAACCUAUUUGGAAAAGCUCAAUGGUGAAAGAAAAACUGAAAUAGAUAGUGACUCGAAUGAGACUCUUGGUUUUUCUAAAACUUUGAUUGAGCGAGGCAAGUAUGCCAUUUUUCUCAAGGAACGGCAAAAGCUUUUGAAGAUGAGAUACCUGUUCGUCAAAAACCUGAAGAAAUGCAAACUGAAAGAUAACAAAUACCAGUGUCCUGAAAUUUUUAUGGAUGCCGUUUCUUCAAAGUUGACCUCGACUGCGAUCUUGUUUUUGAAUGUGGAGCUUUUGAGUGACUUUUACUACAAUUUUCCGAGAAAGCUUGAUGAGGAGUUCUUUGGCAAUUUGAGUAAAGAACAGAUGGAGAGUUUCGCUAAAGAAGACCCAAAGAUCAAAAAACAUAUCGAACUUCAAGAAAGGAAGGAUCUUUUAGAAGAUGCUAUGCGCAAAAUCGAAGGAAUAUUAGCGUUUCAAAGGCAGAAGAUAGAGGAUCGACCAAACUCAACGUGGUGGUGA